GGAAACUGUAAAAUAAAACUACCAUAACCUCGAAAUAUUUAUCAACAAACCGACAUGAGUAAGAAUAAAGAAUUAAUUUCUAAAAUAGGUCUCAGAUUAGACGGUAGAAGGGCGAACGAAUUGCGAAGGAUACGUUGUAAAUUAGGCGUAUUUACCGAACCCGAUGGAAGCGCCUACAUCGAACAAGGUCUAACGAAAGUUCUAGCAGCAGUGUACGGACCUCAUGAAGUGAGAGGCGGUCGCUCUAAAGCGCAACACAACAGCGCCAUUAUAAAUUGCCAAUUCAGUAUGGCCGUGUUUUCUACAACGGAACGUAAAAAGAGACCGAGAGGAGAUCGAAAGAGCACCGAACUCUCCAUGCACCUACAACAAGCCUUGGAGGCCGCCAUAAAAAGCGAACUUUACCCAUUUUGCCAAAUAGACGUAUAUGUUGAAGUAUUGCACGCAGACGGAGGCAUUUAUCCGGCGUGCGUUAAUGCGGCUACGUUAGCUCUAAUAGACGCCGGAAUACCUUUAAAAGAAUACGUGUGUGCCUGUACAGCCAGUUUGGCCAACAACGAUAUACCGAUGUUGGAUAUAUCGCAUCAAGAGGAAGUUUUAGGGGGUCCUACGCUGACGGUGGCUGCUUUACCUAUGUCGGGGAAGAUCGUACUUAUGGAAAUGUCUCAAAGGUUUCAUCUAGAUCAUUUGGAUAAAGUAUUGGAGAAGGCUUUGCAAGGCUGCAAAGACAUCAAAGAGAUUUUAGAUAAUGCGGUUAGGCUACACGUAACGGAUAUCGGAAGCUCGACGGGAUGGGCCAAUACCAAACACUGAAAAUCCAAUAUUAAUUGUAUAUAUUUU